AUGUCUGACAUCGAGGCCCUGACCAAGGAGAACCGCAAGCUGUCGGCCAAGCUCGAGGCUCGUGAUGCCGAGCUGAAGAAGCUCCGUGCCGAGAACCGCGAGCUGAAGCUGCGGCCGCCGCCGCGGACGUAUGUGGAUGCGGAUGACGAGCGUGAGGCCAACGCGUGGCGCGAGAAGGCCAACAACCUCCUGACCCUCCUCGACAACCUCCAGCACGACAUGCAGGACGAUCUGCUCAACCUGGAGGCCGAGACACUGCAGCCGGGCUCGUCGACGCUCUCAACGCCGGCUAAGGGCUCGUCGUCGACGCUGGUGGCGUCGACGGCCAAGACGGCAGAGCCGGCGGCGGAGCCGGCCGAGGCUGCGUCCCCGGCGCCGCGGUCCGGCCGCAAGCGCAAGGAGCGGUCGGAGCGGACCAAGUCGCCCGAGCCACUGUUCGCCGAGCCUGCCGCCGAGUCUGCCGCCGCGGCCGACGCCGACGCUGCCGACGCCUCGCUCGACGCGCUGACCAAGGCGUACAAGGACCUUGGCGCCGCCGCCAAGUACAUCCACCAGCGCUACCGCGAGGUCAAGGAUGGCGUUGCCGACAACGCCACGGCCAAGAACAUCUGGGCCGACAACUCGGACCCCAUCAAGCACUCGGCCAAGGCCGCCAAGGCCGUCGCCGGCCACCGCGACGAGCCCAUCGACUUUGGCUCGGCGCCCUUUGCAGACAAGACCCUCGAGGUGACCAAGGCCGCCAAGGAAUGGGCAGAGUCGGUGCGCAAGAUUUACUCGCAGGCCGGCGACCAUGCCUCGGCCCUCAAGGCCGGGGCGAAGGCCCUUCACUCGUCCGCCCGCAAGCUCGGUAGCGCUGCCGCCGACUUUAACGCCUCGGACGCCGCCUCGGUCGAGCUCGUCACCACCCAUGCCAACGCCGUUGCCGCCAACCUCAAGACCCUCAUGGACGCCGAAGCCGACUGGCUCCUCUCCAUGUAACCACCUUCCUGUGUGUAAACACCGUACUUGAGC